AUGGCUUCCUCGCAAAAAACCACCCAACUGCUAGCGGGCUUAUCACUAACCGAAGAGGAUGGAGAUGAUGGCAAUAACAAGCUAUCCGAUGAAUAUUUGCAAGACGCCCCCGACGUGCUUAAGAAAUUCUCGACAUGGAGCAACAGCGAGAAGGUGGAUUUCAUCGAGAGAGCUGUCAUCGACAUGGAUCAUUAUCAAUUAGGACAUAUUGACCAUUUCAUUCGGCCAAUGCUGAAGCGCGAUUUUAUUACAAAUCUCCCUGCCAAUCUCGCCGAAAUGAUUCUAUUCAACGUUGAUGCAAACUCGCUGAAAGCGUGUGAAGACGUGAGCGUCAGUUGGAGGUACUCAUUGGCGCGCGGAAUGCAUUGGAAAAAGCUGCUCGAGAAGAAUGUACGAACCGAUGCUUUAUGGAAAGGCCUCAGCGAGAAGCGGCAUUGGGAUCGAUUCUUGAACAUUAGCAGAGAACUCGCAUGUCAGCGAAUUUGCGAAAACUACGGAUAUGAUUAUCAAACAUAUCAAGGAAAAUUUGAAGCCUUAAUGCUCCUUCAUGUGUUUUAUAGGAAGUUAUAUCCAAAAAUCCUUAGUGAUAUCAAUACAAUUGAUAUAAAUUGGAGACGGGGUAAUUAUAAAAUGAGCAGAAUCAAUUGUAGGUCGGAAAAUAGUAAAGGAGUUUACUGUUUACAAUAUGACGAUGAGAAAAUUGUUUCUGGAUUGAGAGAUAACACUAUUAAAAUUUGGGACCGAAAGGACAAUAGUUGCAGUAAAGUAUUAUCAGGGCACACUGGUUCAGUGCUGUGUCUUCAGUACGACAGUCGUGUCAUCAUUUCGGGAUCAUCGGACGCCACUGUCCGAAUCUGGGAUGUCGAAACUGGCGAAUGCCUGAAAACUCUUAUACACCAUUGCGAGGCUGUGUUGCAUUUGAGGUUUAGUAAUGGAAUUAUGGUCACAUGUUCGAAAGAUCGAUCAAUCGCUGUUUGGGAUAUGGUUUCGCCGCGAGAAAUCAAUAUUCGCCGAGUGCUCGUCGGACAUCGCGCAGCUGUCAAUGUUGUCGAUUUCGACGAUCGAUAUAUUGUCAGCGCCAGUGGUGACAGAACGAUUAAGGUGAGAAUGAAGGAAAAUGAGGUAUGGUCUAUGGAUACUCUUGAAUUCGUUCGAACACUUGCUGGUCAUCGACGAGGAAUCGCGUGUCUUCAAUAUCGUGGAAGACUAGUUGUCUCCGGAUCAAGCGAUAACACAAUUAGAUUAUGGGAUAUCCAUUCGGGUGUUUGCUUGCGGGUUCUUGAAGGCCAUGAAGAGUUAGUAAGGUGUAUUCGAUUUGAUGAGAAGAGAAUAGUCUCUGGAGCAUACGAUGGAAAAAUAAAAAUUUGGGAUCUUCAAGCUGCUUUGGAUCCGAGAUCCAUGCAGAGUGAUAUAUGCCUCAGCUCGUUGGUGCAACAUACUGGGAGAGUAUUCCGUCUACAAUUCGAUGACUUCCAAAUUGUUUCUUCAUCGCAUGACGAUACAAUUCUUAUUUGGGAUUUCUUGAAUGCCGACGGCAGCUCACAGAAUGCGGCUCAAAUGCAGGUGCUGCAACAAGUUCAACAGCAGCAGCUGUUCCAGCAUCCGCCACUACAGCCGCAAGGCGACAACGCCCACCUCGUGCCGGCGAAUCCAGCGGCACCACGCCUCAACGUGCGAAAUCGUGCGCGCGAGGCCGCAAAUCGCGCGCAAAGAAACAUGGAAAUUGUUGUGCCACCUAAUGAGCAAAUGUUGAACGCGGCGCGACGAGCUCGGGCCGCUGCUGCGGUUCGACGACAUCGUGAGCCGUUCAUGGCCAAUAUUAAUGUCGUCGAUCUGGAUGAUGGAUCAUCAGGCGAAGAAGAGAUCAAUGAUGAUCCAGCACGUUUCAUGAUUCAUGAUCCGGCGUUUGUCAUCAAUGAAGAGAACGAGAAUGAGAACGACGAGAUUUUUGAGGGCCAAGAAAAUGAAGAAUGA